CUAUUCGAGGUAUCGCAAGGCCUGGAAUAUCUGCAUUGCCAUAAUAUAGUACACGGCGAUCUGCGAGGUGGCAACGUUCUGAUUGAUGAUGCCUCACAUGCACGCUUCGCAGACUUUGGUCUAUCGCGUUUCUCGGAGGCCACGAAAGGGGCGUACACCACAGCCACGAGAGAGGGCUCCACGCGAUGGACGGCACCUGAGCUGUUCCCUGACUCGGACGAGGAUGAAGGCGAGGGGCCUUGUAUCAGAAGAACCCGGCAGACCGACGUGUAUGUUUAUGGCUGCUUGUGUCUCGAGGUGCGUUUUGUGCACGUAUCCCUUGCCUGUUCCCGUCUGACUUAA